GUGGGUCUGGGGUGUGUGUGUUUCUGUGUGUGGUGGUGUGCGUAUUUUUGCUUGUGUGUGUGUGCGCGCGCGCGCGCGCGUUGUGGGUAGUUCUUUUGAUUCACUGCUCUCCUGCACUUUAGGCGAUAUAUAGAACCACCUCUCUUCACAGCUUUCAUCAACUUCUGCAACUUCAUCUCAUUUAUACACACACAAAGCAGUAAAAAGAGGGGGGAUUUGAUACGAUUUCAUUCAUGCUAAAUUUCAGAAUGGAUUUCACAAGAAAACUGAGCUUUCUUGUCUUUAUGCUCUGUGUUCUCAUCUCUCUCAAGAACCAGAAUGCAGAAACCAGUAGAAAGGCUUCGUUUCAGAACCCGGUGGAGAGGAAGCUCCAAGAAGAUGAUGGGCUUCACGAAUGGCUCAGGUAUGAUUACUACAAUGAGUCUUGUCCAUUGGCGGAGCGGAUAAUCCGAUCAACCGUUGAAGAGUUAUACGGGUUGCGGCCUGAUGUUGCCCCCGCUCUUUUGAGGCUUGUUUUCCAUGACUGCUUUGUCGAGGGGUGUGAUGCCUCAGUGUUGUUGGAUCAUGGCGAUGGAAUUCAGAGUGAGAAAGACUCUCUCCCAAAUGAAUCUCUAAGGGGCUAUGAUGUCAUCGACAUUAUCAAGUUAGAACUUGAAGAAGCAUGCCCUGGAGUUGUUUCUUGCGCAGAUAUUGUUGCUUUGGCUGCAAGAGAAAGCGUCCUCAUGGCUGGCGGUCCGUUCUAUCCUCUGUAUACUGGUAGAAGGGACAGCAUAGUUGCUUAUCCAAUCAUAGCAACUUAUGAGCUUCCUAGUCCCUUAGACGAUCUUUCGAAAACUAUUGAGUCAUUCGCAUCAAGAGGGUUCGACGAAAGGGAGACAGUCAGUCUAUUAGGUGCUCACAGCACAGGCACAAUCCACUGCAAAUUCUUCUUCCACCGGCUCUACAACUUCAGUGGAGGUGAUGGCCCUGACCCUUCUAUUGACCCUGAGUUUCUUCAGCUGCUAAGAUCAAACUGCAACAGCAUCCAUCACUCAUCCCGACCAGCAUCAGCUUCUCCAUCAUUAUCACCUUUGCCCUCAUCAGAGGACAACAAUUUAUCAACUAUCUUAUCCCAGGAUGCAGGCAUGAAGAUGGACUAUGAGGGGCCACGAACAGGUUUCGGCACACUAUACUAUCGUAGUCUUUUGCAGCGCAAAGGACUACUGUUUGUGGAUCAGCAGCUGACAUCUGGGGCAGAAACGGAGACUUGGGUCCGAGCAUACUCCUCCGACCUUUCCCUGUUCCAAAGGGACUUUGGUCUUGCAAUGAUCAAGCUAUCCAACCUCAAGGUUCUGACAGCACCAAAGGGACAGGUUCGACUCAACUGCCGAAAAGUUAACUGAAACUUGUGUGGAUGAACGUGUUCUGUAGCCUAAUCUAACUUUGAAGUUGUUUACUGCAAUAUCUUGACUUAAAGUCUUUACUUUUCUGUUCUUUGUCAUCCCUGUUUUUUACUUGCCAAUUUUCCACUAUGUCAAGUUUCUGAAUAUUUUGAAUAAUUGAAUCCAAACUCAUUA